AUGAGCCCUAGUUCGACUGGCACCUGUUCAGACAGAAUUGAGCCAAUCGAGUCAAGCCUGACGACAGUCUGGUUCACACGAAUUGCUGUUCAUACAGCCUCUUUCGGCUCUCGGUUUCAUAGUCACAACCGACCAACCGCGUCGGUUUGUUCUGCCGACAACCCUUCGACUUCAACUCGGCCAACACAACGUGUCGUGGAUUCGAGCAGACGACCGCUAAAGCCUUGA